UGUUUCAGUGUGCGACCGCCUUGAAGUGACAGUACUUGGCGUUAGGCAUAGGAAUACCUGGGGUUACAUUUGCAGAUGAAUUUGCAAUCAAACGAAGUAGUUCUUUGCAGCUGAUUGAAAGUAGUCGUGAAAGGGAGGACGAGCUAUAGUGGUGCAGAUAAGUUAUUACAAAUAAGUUAUUUUGCCAUGGCCAGUCCUUCUCCAGCGAAUCCGUUAGGAUAUCUGGUUAAGAGGCAGUAUAACGACAGACUUAAUAUUAAUAAGCAGUUGUUACGAGAAAGACUAUAUUCAGCGCGUAAUUUAUAUAGGAAGGAUCUACUAGCACAUUAUGGUUGUGUAAACGCCAUCGAGUUUUCCAAUAAAGGGGAGCUUCUAGCAUCCGGUGGGGAUGACAGACGAGUGUUGAUAUGGAAUGUUGAACAGGCAGUUCAUGGUGUUGGUAAGCCUGCUGCUAUGCGUGCACAACACAUUAGUAACAUAUUCUGCCUUGGAUUUGACAGUACAAAUAGUAAAGUGUUUUCAGCAGGCAAUGAUGAUCAAGUGAUUGUUCAUGAUGCAAAAACUGGAGAUCCUCUUGACUAUUUUUUGCAUGAACAGCCAGUUUACGGGAUUUCAAUAGAUCCAAUAAAUGAUAAUGUAUUUGCUAGUGCCUGUGAUGAUGGAAGAGUCCUCAUUUAUGACAUUCGUGAACCCCCAAGCACAGAACCAUUUUGCCUUGCCAAUUAUACCUCAGCAUUUCAUGCAGUUAUGUUCAAUCCUGUGGAAUCCAGAAUACUCACAACAGCCAAUUCUAAGGAAGGAGUUGGUCUGUGGGAUGUGAGGAAACCUCUCCAGGUUGUAAUGCGCUAUGGUGGCCAGAAUGCUUCUCAGAGCUGCAUGAGUGUCCGUUUCAAUCAGCGUGGUACUCAGAUCCUUGCUCUUCGCCGCCGUCUGCCGCCCGUGCUGUAUGCCGUACAUUCUCCUUCACACGUCUGUCAGUUUGAUCAUGCUGGGUAUUACAAUUCAUGUACCAUGAAGAGCUGCUGCUUUGCUGGAGAAGAUGAUCAGUAUGUGUUGUCUGGCUCUGAUGAUUUUAAUCUGUAUGUCUGGCGAAUACCUCCAUCAGAAAGUAAAGCUCAGUGGAUUGAUUCGGCACAUAUGAUACUUAAAGGACAUAGAUCAAUUGUCAAUCAAGUACGCUUCAACCCCUCAAACUACAUAAUUGCAUCUUCAGGAGUGGAAAAACUAAUUAAGUUUUGGAGUCCAUUCCCACUGCCAGAAUCAACGGGAAGUCUUUUGUAUGAAAAUGAACCAACUGAUAAACAGAGGAAAGUUUUCACCCAUGAAGAUUACCUAAGUUUGGUGCUCAGGAGUGGCCAGUUCAUGUCUCAUGACUACAGUCACCAGUCUACAAAAGAGGAUCCUCGCAUGAUGGCCUUCUUUGAUUCCUUGGUUCAACGUGAAAUUGAAGGCUGGAGUUCGGAAGGAAGUGUGAGUUCUGAGGUUUCUGCUACUGGUUAUGCAGAGACUUUUCAGGAUGCUUUAGUGUCACCUUCCUCCGAUUCAGAGUCUGCGCAUUCAGAUUCUCAGAUUAUUGAAAUGCAAGCCCUGGCUGCAGCAUAUCUGGAAGCAUUAGAAGGACAAGUUAAUAAUGCACCUGAUCAGAGUGCAGACACAGAAAGACCCCAGCCAGUGGAGACACAGAAUCGAAUCUCCCAAUUAAUUGCAAGAAAACGUGCUCAGUUGAUGCGUUUGGCUCGGACCCGCUCUCAGAGUGAUGACACAUCAGAGACUUUGAGGACAGCAAAUAAGAAGCACAAAACAAGAAUGUUGAUGCUUGAUUCUGGACACAGCACUGAUAGUAGCAAUAGCGGGCGAGAAGUUACAGUAAAUAAACAAGACACUGUGGAUGCUGAAUAUGAUGUGGUAAAUGACAAAGCAAAGAAAAGGUUAAGUGAUGUUGUAAAGAAAGAAAACAUAUCUGGAUAUCAGAAUGGUUCUACAAGUGCAUCAACAUCAAAAAAUUCAAAGAAAUCCGAGACAAAAUCCAGCGGUGAUAAUAGGAAACGAAGGAUGAAGUUCAUGUUGGCUUUUAGUGAGAGUUCUGAUGAUGAUGAAGGCUGGAAACCUUCCCCUCCCAAAAGAAAGUUAUGGAAUGAGGCCAAGAGUUCAGAAGCAAAAAGUAGUGAUACAGAUGCUGUGGGUACUUCUGAAGUAAGUGGCGAUGAAAUGCAAAGUGGUUCUAAGCCACAGCUAAAUGGCGGAAAUGAAAAUGGCCAGAGAAAAUUGACAAAGAAGGUAAAGAGAUUACGGAAACGAAGAGGAAAGCAAAGUGAGUCUGAAAAUGGGACUGUUGUAGAGGACAGUGAUUCAAACACCAGUAGUGACUCUAUGUGGUGUAGAACUAACAGAUCUGAGAGGAGAAAUUCUUCAUAUCAUGACAAAUCUGCGCAGUCGAGCAGUACAAGCAAAUCAGUCAAAAAUAAUAUUGUUGGGAAAUGGAAUGUGAAACGUAAGUGUGAUGGCCAUGAAAAGACGCUGAUAGAAACAUCUUCUAGUUCGUCUGAUAAUGAUGAAGAAAAUUUCAGUCAUAGAGUUCUGCCGAGAAACAAACACAGUGAAGUUCCUAAUUCCACAAAUCCAGAGGCCUUAGCUAAGCUCAAAGUAUCAUAUGCUAGAAAUUUUAAUUACAAUAAGAGUGUAACAAAAGAUGAGUGUGAUAGUACUGGCAGUAAUAACAAUAACAAUGAGUAUGUUAACGGUAGUGGAACUGUGAUUUCAACCAGCCUUCCGAAUCCAUCAACCCCUAAUAUCAAGCAGUCUCUACUUGACGUGGAAACUCCAGACAGUGGCACUGUCAUGGCACCCUCUAGCAGUACCGGCAGUCUUGAGUCAAGCUCUACGUUCAGUCCUCGGCCUGGCAGCAGUGGCGGUAAUCAUCACGUGGAGUCCAACGGUUCUCACAUUGUGGCAACUGAUAAUGAUGGGUCUGAUGACCCUGACUGGAUGAUCUUUAAACGAUUCAAGAGUCGGCUUGACAGAGCCCGUAGAAAUUACAGGAAUCAUAUUGGCGAUUCAGAUUCUAACUAAAUUUGUAAUACUAUUAUGAGAUAAUAGAUGCUUACUUAUUCAUAGCCUUCAGUAGCGUAUGUUAUCUUGUGUGGUCAAACUGCAGACAACAAUUUAGUUUUAUUUCAUAGAGUUUUAAACGUAUUGGUCGAGAAAUAUAAAGUAGCAAGAAUGUGAACUAGGGUGAGGAUUAUUCAUUACCAUUUUUGUACAAAUAUGAAUGAAUAUGUCUUAGGAAGUUUGUCAUUUUGUACUCUUUGCAGUCUUCCCAGACUUGCUGUUCGUUUUACCGUAGUGAUUGGUCAUGUCACUUGUAAAAUGUUACUAAUUGACCCACUAAAUUUCCUCCAUACCCAUACACUUUGUCUUUGUAUACUGCUUAUAUUAAUUCGUAGUUUUUAAGUUGCGCUUUAUAAAUGGGCCUAUUUUUGUCUGCAAUGCCUGAAUAUUGGUGUCUGCGGGUUGUUACCAUUGUUCUGAUAGUGAUACAGUUCAAUUAUUUCUUCCAAGCAUUCAUAGAUCCUGCUAAUAUGAAGAGUUUUGACUAACCAUCAAGUACCUCAAUAUUGGCAAACAUGCUGUGAGUCUGAUAUUUCUUCAUCGUAGAAGCUUCUAAGUUGUUUGUCAUCUGUUUAUCUGGUCAUACUGAACAAACUACAUGCAUUACAGACCUAUGUCUAUAAAUUAAUGUAGUUAAAAAGGAAACUUGUUGCUUAUGAUGUAAAUAUGACUUCUUUUGUGUCUUCCAUUUUAUGAUGAGUUAGAGCAUGUGUGGCGGAUAAUGCAAAACUUCCAGUAUUUCCACAUGUAUAUUUACUGUGUAUCUUUGUUUUUCUGGUAUAGUUAGUAGUUUCAGUUUGUUGCUGCAUUAUUAACAAAUGAGCAUGAUCUUGUAUAAUUUUACUUGUGACAGUAGAUUGAAUGAAUUAUUAGAUUGCAUAUAUUUGUGCAGCUACAUUAAAGUCUAGUCAAUUGGCUGUUUCUAUACAUGAUUUGAAGAUAGCAAUACACCUGAAAGAAGAAUUGCAUUUCUGAGGUAUGAUACAUUCUUACAAUUUACUUACUGCAAAUCUGUCCCCUUUUCACACUGAUUUUUAUUUUUUGUGUUUCAUUAUAGAUAAAUAUUGUAUGUUUUGGUUGGUAACAAUGUAUGGGCGCAAUUUCUGUGAGUAGUGAACAGAUAAAUAGCAAGGUACGUAUUUACCGUCAAGGUAACCCGAGCCAGAUUCUUACAUUGAUCUUCCAGUCUGUAAGUAAAAUGCUGUUUUUUGUUUUUGUUUAGAAAGAUUGAUUUCUGGAAGCAUAUCAUAUUUAUGUAAGAUCAGAGUUGCCAUCGUCACAGAUAAGAUAGGUUAAUUGAUUGUAACAUUGGAAGGUGUAAAUAUACUUUUUAAGUACCCACUUUGAUGUGUUGGUGCUGUAUUGAAAACUGUCUUACUGUGAUUUAUUAUAUAACACAUUAAAUUCCCAUUUAUCCAUUAUACAGAAUGUGGUGAAGCUACACAUGCAUAUAGAGUUUUAGAAUUUACAAUCUGAGAGGAAUUUGUAUGUGGACAUGGUGUAGGCAUUUUAUUGUUAACUGAAGCUCGUAUCAACCACCUCAUAGCUUGUUCUUAUUUUAACUGGAAAACAAGCUUAGUCUAAUCAUCAAAAGAAGCUGUAUUCUAGUUACAGUGUAGUUAAAUGUAUUAGUAUAAGACCAAAUUUUUAUUUAUUUUCUGAUCUGCGCUGAUUGAGUACUUCCGGUUUUAUUUGCGACACUUCUCGCAAGACAUCUGAUAAUUUUUGUUUAUCAUCAUUAGUAUGUAGUAUUUGUUUUAGCUUGCAGAUAUUGUAAUAUCAAAUGUGUCUAAUUCAGCCUGUUAUAUCAACACUGGUGAUGAAUUGUGAUCAUCAGUUGAGAUAUGGACAAGAUCCUACAUUGCAGACAUGAUGCACAGUUAAUCUGACGCAGAGUUUAGCGACCUACUGUUUCAAUUUCUGCAUGUCUUAAUUCAUGUAUCUGAUUUAUGUUCUAUGGGCCUCCACAUAUUGGGAUUUAGAAUGACAGGGGUGUUGAAUUGUUAAGUAAAAUAUUGAUUAAAAAGUUA